GUAGAAGCAUUUGGUGACUCUUUUUCUUUUUCUCUUCUCUUUUACUUAUCAUAGAACCACAAGAAGGCUGGGCUUUUGAUAGAAAUAUACAAUAUACAUAAAGAGUUGUGCGUUUCCGGUCACGUUAAAAAUAUCUAGCCAGAAAUAUCAAAUUUCUUACGACUCGAGCAGUACACACUCUCCUCUCUCUCUCUCUCCCUCCCUCCCUGAGCACCUACUGGAGUCAUCCAUGGCGUUUCCGUACCUGGAAGCUGUUGUCGGUUUUAUGAUUUUAAUGUAUAUCUUUGAAACUUAUCUUGAUUUGCGGCAACAUGCUGCACUCGAACUGCCAAAACUUCCCAAACCUUUGGAAGGACUGAUUGGCCAAGAAAAAUUUGAGAAGUCACGAGCUUAUAGUCUUGAUAAAAGUCGGUUUCAUUUUGUGCAUGAGUUUGUUACCAUCUUGAUGGAUUCUGCGAUUUUAUUCUAUGGUGUACUGCCCUGGUUUUGGAAGAGGUCAGAAGAUUUUUUGCUGUUUGUUGGGCUCAAUGCAGAUAAUGAAAUACUACACACCCUUGCAUUCUUAGCGGGUGUUAUGAUUUGGUCCCAGAUUACUGAUUUGCCCUUUUCACUGUACUCAACUUUUGUGAUAGAGGCUCGCCAUGGUUUCAAUAAACAAACAAUAUGGUUAUUCUUUAAAGACAUGCUCAAAGGGAUUGUCCUUUCAAUUUUAAUUGGGCCACCUAUUGUUGCUGCAAUCAUUGUAAUAGUACAGAAAGGGGGUCCUUACUUGGCGAUCUAUCUAUGGGUAUUUAUGUUUGGACUCUCUCUUCUAAUGAUGACACUGUACCCUAUCCUAAUUGCGCCACUUUUUAACAAGUUCACUCCACUUCCAGAUGGAGAGCUUAAAAGAAAUAUAGAGGCUCUCGCUUCUUCCCUCCAGUUCCCUCUCAAGAAGUUGUUUGUUGUUGAUGGAUCUACAAGGUCAAGCCAUAGCAAUGCCUACAUGUAUGGAUUCUUUAGAAACAAGCGUAUUGUCUUGUAUGACACAUUGAUUCAGCAGUGCAAAAUGGAGGAAGUUGUUGCUGUCCUUGCUCAUGAACUUGGCCAUUGGAAACUCAAUCAUACGAUGUAUACCUUCAUUGCUAUGCAGAGUGUCAUGUUCCUGCAAUUUGGGGGAUAUACUCUCGUGAGGAACACAAAAGAUCUGUUCGAGAGUUUUGGUUUUGAUACACAGCCUGUACUCAUUGGACUGAUUAUAUUUCAGCACACUGUAAUUCCUAUACAGCACCUAGUAAACUUUGGUCUUAAUCUUGUCAGCCGAUCCUUCGAAUUUCAGGCUGAUGCAUUUGCUAAGAAGCUUGGUUAUACCUCGACACUUUGUUCUGGUCUUGUAAAACUACAGGAAGAAAAUUUAUCAGCCAUGAAUACCGAUCCAUGGUACUCAGCUUAUCACUAUUCUCAUCCUCCACUCGUUGAGAGACUGGCAGCCAUUAACGAAUCUGAUAAGAAGUCUGACUAAUGGAAGCUUUAGUGACAGACGGAUGGCAAGCACAGUUCUACUUCAGUUCAACACUGAACAAUGGAAGAAGCUUCAACAGAUGCAAUAUUAAUUGAUAUGCUGCUUUAUUCUGUUGGAACUCGUGCUCCUGUAGUAUUGGUACCAAAGUUUCAAUACCUUGAGGCCAGACUUAUUUAACAGGGAAUCACUGUUACCAGAUCAGGGUAAAGAGAACAAGGAAAAAAAAAUGAAGAAAUUGGGCAGGAAAAAUCUAAAAGAGACAAAAGUAUUGUUACCUCAUAUCAUAGUUCUACGCUAGUUCACAGGUCCUGCAACUGUAGCUGUUGACCAUAUUGUAUCUUGAUUUUCCCAUAUUAGGAUAAUGUUCUACUCUGGCUUGAGAUCAGGGUGUGGAAAUUCAAUGGUUUUCGCAGUUUGCAGUGUGCAAUGAAGUGUUUCCUUUAUGAACA